GAAGUGGAACCGAAAAGUAGCAGUUCAGAACGAAGAUUUGCAAAUGACUUAAAUUUGCACAAAAACGCGAUAAAUUCUUAAUUAAACUAAUCGGAAACGCAAAGAUUGCGUAUUAACAUAUAGAAAUAACUAAAUUUUAUAAAUUAUUGAAAUAUUAAACGACGCGAAAACGAACGAAACCAAAGUGCUGCACAUGAAUUAGUGAAAAUGUAAUUUCUCUGCUGCACGACUACGAAAAAGAAGACGACGACGAAGCAAAAAAUAAAAGAAAGGCAAAGAUAAAAAUAAAAAUCUGUGACAGGCACUGGUGUAAAUAUCCAAAUCCUUUCGGAUUGGUAAAAACUACAUUAACGUGGACGAAUGCGGCCUAAACAGGACUGUUUUAUAUGUUGCAAACGAGAAAUAUUAAAUUCAUGUAUAUACAUACAUAUUGCGUAUAAUGUAUAGAGGAUAGGGAAGAAGAAUAGCACUAAAACAAAACGACAUAGUCGACGAAGAAGAAGAACGGAGUUGCGGAUAAGAGAUAUUUCUGCGGGCCAGACGAAAAGCGAAUUUUUUUUAUUUAUACAAAAUCGAAACUAUUGUGAAGCAUAAAAACUGUUGUGGAGAUUAGAAUAGGUGUGGAGAACACUGACUGCGUAAACUCCAGCAGUCUACAACAGCUUUUCGGUGCUAAUUACGAAUGGCUUAUAAACGGAUGCACGGAAGACUUCCUGCACACACACUCUCGUCUGGCGCUAGAGGACAAUAGACACCCUCUAACGUUUGGACAGCAUAUUAUUUUGUUACUUUUUUAAUUUUGGAAAGCACCUGUUAAUCACUUAUAUGCCUGCACACUGUUUAACCAAUAACGAUCACUUGCCGUCUGAAACCAAACCAAUGCUCGCUAUCAACGAGGAGCAACACUCGGAAGCGUCACACGCACGCAACCAUAGCGAUAGCAAUGGAGAAAUGCAUGCCAAUGGCAAUGCCAACAUCACCAACCAACAACAACGUCAACAAACUGCCGGCAGCAAUAACAACAGCAGCAGUGCUCACGAAACAACACAGUUACCACCAUUACCAGACGGGCCGCUGUGGUCGGUGCUUUACGAUUACGAUGCCAAAGGCGAGGAUGAGUUGACACUGCGUCGCGGUCAGAUUGUAGUGGUGUUAUCCAUGGAUAGCAAUAUUUCGGGUGAUGAGGGCUGGUGGACAGGCAAAAUUGGCGAUAAGGUCGGCAUUUUUCCCAGUAACUUUGUGACAGACCAAGAUCCUAUGCUGGCGGGCGUGCCCUCAGCUAUUGGAGACAUACAACCGCACGAAAUUGACUAUGCCGAACUCGAGGUGGGCGAGGUGAUAGGCGCUGGCGGCUUUUGCAAGGUGCAUCGCGGCUAUUACAGCGGCGAAGAGGUUGCCAUUAAAGUGGCGCCGCAAGCUGGCCCGGAUGUCGAAUCGAAUCGCGACAAUGUGCUACAAGAAGCGAAGUUAUUCUGGGUCGUCAAACACGAAAACAUAGUGGCACUGCGUGGCGUCUGCCUAAAGCCGCCCGAUCUGUGUCUUGUGAUGGAGUAUGCGCGUGGCGGCAGUUUAAACCACAUUUUGGCGCGUGGCAAGAUACCACCCGAUGUGCUGGUUAACUGGGCGAUACAGAUAGCACGCGGCAUGAAUUAUCUGCACAACGAAGCACCCAUCUCGAUUAUACACCGCGAUCUGAAGAGUUCCAAUGUGCUUAUUUUGGAAGAAAUCAUUGCCGGCAAUCUGCACAAUAAAACACUGAAGAUCACCGAUUUCGGUUUGGCGAGAGAGCUUUACAACACAACACGCAUAUCAACGGCGGGCACAUACGCUUGGAUGCCGCCGGAAGUGAUAAAAAGCAGCACGUACUCCAAAUCAUCGGAUGUUUGGAGCUACGGUGUGCUGCUGUGGGAGCUCAUCACAGGCGAAACGCCAUACAAAGGUUUCGAUUCGUAUUCAGUCGUGUUUGGCAUAGCAGUGAAUAUGCUAACGCUGCCUAUACCAAAAACUUGCCCGGAUGCAUGGGGAAAACUCAUGAAAAGCUGCUGGGAGAAUGACCCGCAUAAGCGACCAGGUUUCAGGGACAUAUUAACGAAGUUGGAAGACAUUACACGUUCAGGUUUCACGCUGACGCCACAGGAAUCGUUCAACACAAUGCAAGAUGCCUGGAAGAAGGAGAUAGCCGAAGUGCUGCAAGAGUUGCGCUUGAAAGAAAAGCGUUUCCAAGCAAUCGAGGAGGAAUUGCGCACCAAAGAGGAACGCUUGAAUCGCGUUCAGAGCGAACAGGACGAACAGGCCAUGAAUCUGAAACGCUUCGCCGAGCAGUUAAAACUGCGCGAGAUGGCCUUAAUCGGGCGAGAGCUGCAAAUUGCACAACAAACACCAACGCCGAAUCGUAGGCGUGGCAAGUUUAGCAAAGUGAAACUUAAACUGCUAAAAAAGAACGAAGUGCAAAUUUCACUCCCAACCGAUUUCCGGCACACAGUGACAGCAAUACACGACAAACCCUUGACUGAUACACCGCCUGGCUCACCAGCAAUUUCCCAAGUGCGCAUCGUGGCACGCUACAAUUCCAAAGACUGGUGUUCGCCUUUACACGCGCUGCCAGCCGCCGCUGGCGCCGGCACUUCCAUCGUGGACGCGCCGCUGCCCAUUAUGUCGCCCAAUCCCUACCUGCUGAGCCGCUUUACUUCCAACAUUCCCAUGCCCACGCUGUACGCCGGCGAUGCGGUGCGCAAGCCGAAGCUUUCCGUCAUUGAAGUGUUGCUCUACAAUAUGGCCGCGCUGCUUGCCGGCGUCGCCGCUGGCUAUGACGUGCGCAUCUCGAACGUGUCGCCGGUGCAUCCAAUGCUGCUUAGUGAUGUGCCCGCAUUAAAGGCACCCAUGGAAAUGGAGUUUCCGAGUGUUUUGGAUGAGCGCAGCCGCUUUGCCGCCAACACUUAUCAUGGCACUGGCAACAAACACAAUCGCGCCACAUUGAAUGCAGCCACAUUCACGCGUUUAGAGGAACAACGCGCUCCUCUGCAUCAGAAUCCGCGCUGCUCGCCCAAACUGCAUGCCGCUACGCCUAGCUUUUACUUCCAAAAGCAUGCGCUGCCCCCAGCUGACAGCAAGCUGGCAUUGCAACAGCAGAAGCAAACACUGCAACAUCAGCAGCUGCCGCUAACCGGAUCCACCACAAGCGGCUUAGGCUCCAAUUUCACCAACAAUACCUCCGCGCUGCUUUCGUCUUCAUUGGGCAGUCAUACGCAGCCUCCAACACCUUCGCCGCGUCGGAAAAUCAGCACCUCUUCAUUUACUGAGAAUCUCGAGUAUUCGCUUCAUGAUGACACGCCACCAACGCGCCGUUUUGAUGACGACUUUAACGCUGGCAGUGGCAUGCCGCCCUCCGCAACGCAAUAUACGCGCGCUGAUUAUUUGCGUCACGGACCGAGCUUCUCCAAUGAUGGUGGCGCUUAUGGCGCAGGCGUGCAUCGUGCUGACUACUUCGGCUCCAACUAUUUUCCGUAUCGGCCAGAGGUGCAGUUGGCGUAUCAACGCGACUGUAAAUCGUAUCCUGACUACUCUUACGACUACAAUCACCGCCUGCCCAAUUACUACGACUACAACUACGACCCACAGCAGCCGCACCAGCAAUCAACGCCAAAGCAUCAGCAGCAACACUAUCAAACGCGUACACCGCCGCCGCGCGUACCCCAAAUGGGCGUCAGCGCUGCUGGACACCGACGCACACCAUCAACUAUCUCCAAUAGCUCCAACAUCAAUCAGGGCUUCUCUUUCGAUCACGAUGAGCUGCAUGCGGCAGAUUUAUAUGACUACAACAAUCUCAAUUUGCAACUGAACAUUAAUAUGGGCGCCGGCGGAGCGCCUGACUUUGCGCACUACCGCGAACUACCGCCACCACCUCCUGCACCGAUUGGCGUAGUGCCACCGCCCAGCAAACAUGAGCUGUAUAAGAGCUCACCCAAGAUGGCCCAGCGUUUGAAACGCGGCGGUGCAGGCGGCAGCAUGGGCGGUGCCGACACAGGAGGCGGCUUAAAUCGCAUUCGCGACUAUGAAAAUUUACCCGCGUACAUUGGUAGCCCAUUGCACCGGACAAAGUUUCACAACACCUUGGCCCAGCAACAACAUCUGCAACAAUUGCAGCGGGAACGCGAGCAACAACAUCAGUCCCUCUUUAGUACACCGCAGCAUAGUCUUUACACGCACACCACACACGCGCAAUCAACGCCGCUGAGUCCGGUACACAUGAAACCGUUAAGCGCGCAAGAGCGGCCAGUUUCGCUACCUUUCGAACAGACAACAGCGGCGCUAGGCUUCAAUGGCAGUGGUUCCAACAAACUGCGUUCGUCGCUCAAAAAAUUCAACUAUAAAACGCCUAAUGGUGGCGCAGCGUCUAAUACCGGUAAUGGCGCUGAAUUGGUGGGCGCCAACAUGAGCAAUGGGCUUACCGUAGUGGGUGGCAACGGUGUCGCCAAGCGCACCGGCAGCAUUUCUUCACAGCAGGGCACGCCCACUAAUCCCACUCCCCCCGAUUCGCUCACUAGUGAUGACAGCUCGUAUCUGAGUGCCAAAGAGGGCUCCAUUUCCUCGCAGCACAGCCGUGUGCGUUUCAGCCCCGAAGCGUUUCUGGACGCCAGCAGCGGCAACGGCAGCUUUAACAAUAGCAACAACAACAACGGUGGCAGCGGCAGCGCGAGUGGCUAUCUCAAUCAAUCCACAAUAUCGCUUUUCAAUCGACGCAUAUCGCGGCGCCACACCAGCGACAUGUCCGCCGGCACCCCACCAUCCUCCUAGCAGGGCAGCGCCGCACGCUUCACCAAUACAACACUGCAGUUGGCGCGCAGUCCAGGCGCUUUGGUCAGCAGUUCAUUGUCGUUGAAUUCGCCACAGCAACAGCAGCUAUCCACGUCGGCGCAACACUCAAUGCAGCAGCUUCCAUAUCGCUGGUACUCGGGUGCACGAAGAUCGCGUUCAGCACACUACGAAUAUAGGUUGUAAGCAAAGAAGCAAGUAGUGAGAGGCGAUUAAAGCUCAAAAAUCAUUAUUGGAUAAGAAGAAAGCGACGCAAGCGGUGAGCAGGAGAAAACUUGUAUGUUGUAUAAAGGGACGCUUGGUGUUCCCAAUAAUCGCUGUAACAUUUUCGGUUUCCACUUCUAAAUAAAUAAUUAGGGCGUACAACCAAAGGAGAUGUACAUAGAACUUACAACUUAGCGACUAGACAGGUAUUAUCUUUCAGACCGUUGUAGUAUUCCAAAAUGUUAAAAACAUUGAUCUAUAUACAUUCGCAUAUACAUAUAAGAAACACACUCCCGAUUAGCUGUUAGCAGUGCAACAUUUUCAUUUCAUUACUUGAAAAUCACUCAAAAUGAGUAUUCAGCAAACGCUUUAUUGAUAAAUUUUUAGAUUAAUCAAUUUGUCGAACACAAUAAGAGGCUUUAAGGCCCUUCAUAUACGAAUAUUUAGGGAAUAUGAAAUUGUCUAAUAAAACGAGUGCUGAAUUACGAACAAGCGCGCUGAAUUAAUACGCACCAACAUACAUAUAUUAUACAGACUCGAAAUUUUUUCAACAAAAAAAUCAUAUCUAAAGUUGAUUUAUCGGGAAAGCAAUAGAAACUUAAAAUCAAUAUACAUAUAUUUCCAUUAAAAUUUCGCUAACUUUGUACAUUUAAAUUUACUGAUUUGCUUUUUGAUGCAAAAUUCAAGACUCAAUUACAACUGAGCGCGCUGAAUGAAACAAACUGCACGGAUAUACACAUUUUAGAAUGCUUCGGUACAAAUGCGAAAUUCUAAUAACAAGCUGAAUGGCGCUGAAUAAACUAUACGUCUGUUUUGAAAGCGAAUUAUUGACUAAAAAGCCAAGCUUAAACAUCGCACGCGAAACUAACACACUAUAUAACGCGCUGAAUACAUUUUACCAUAGCUGAAUAGCGUUUAACUACGCAACAGAAGAAGGCGCAUCCUAAUAGAUUUAUAAAAACGCAAAACAAAAGCGAUUUGCUAAUUACUCCAAACAUGCCAAUCAUUCCCCUAACACUUAAUUGGUUUUGCCAAACAUACAUAUGUAUGUACAUACCUAUUUAAUAGCAAGGAUGAACUCUUAAAACGCUAAGUAUUUGUAUAUAACCACAUACAUGUAAGCAAUCAUACACAAUUCCUAUUGCUGCUUAUUUUGAAAACAAAAACUUGGUAAAGCUUGCAAUUUACGCAAAAAUUGUCAUUGAAAUUGAGCUACAAGCUGUAAAUCGAUAAUGAAACCUCUAUGAAAAUGAAAUUUUUCAAAAUCGCCUGAUGCUGUUUGCGCAUUUUCGAAAAUAUUAUAUAAAAACUAAAAAUAAAUCCUUUAUCAAUGUGAAAUUGUAUUCAAUUGAUGCCUUAACAAAAAAUUAUGGAAAAAUUAAAAACUCAAGCAAAACACGAAAAUCAUAAAAAUUUGUGUAUUCGAAAAACAAUCAGAGGAAAAAAAAACGGUAAAUUGAAAAGCUCUCAAAAUGUAUUAUACGAGAGAUAUUCGCUUUUGAAUUACCAUGAUAAGAAUUUGUAAGUUUCUUCUUCAUCUCUAUAUACUGACGGAGAGUUAGGUAUAACUUUAAGGCUGAUGUUAUUUCAUAAGUGUAGAGUAUGUAUGCAUUACCGUUAUACAUGUGGUACAUAUGUACAUAUAAAUAUUAAUAAUCGACAGGAAAAGCAAAAUGAAGAAGUACUAUGUUUCUGAAUUCAUAAUUAAAAACAAGUUAAAAAAGAAAGAAAAAAUUACAUAAUAAAAUUAAUACAGUCAAUACUCGUUAGCUUGAACAAUGUACCGCCUUGCAAAAUAACUGCAAACACAAAUACGCUGGCGUAAGAAUAUUUUUUAAUUAAAAAAAUUAAUUUUCUUGAAAUCAGUUCCGAUCGACGCCGCUUGACUUUGUGAUGUAUAUAAAGGAUAUAUGUAUUUAUAUUAUAUAUUUGUAUAUCCUAAGUGAGCGCUGCGGAAACUCUUUCACAAUUUUCCUUGGCAAUAAGAAUUAUAUACCACAAGCGUUUGAGCGUGAAAAGUCGGCGUCUUUAUCUUUAAAUGCAUUCAAAUUGUUUCGGUUUUUCUCAUAAAAAUCAAUAACAAAAUGAUAUAAUACUCAAACCUGAACAGAAAGUUAAAAAAUCUGGCUCUCGAGUAAAGUUCGGUUAGAAUUCGAUCCGAAAAGGGCAAGAAAAGUGCUCGCGAAGUGCGAAGCAUUACACAAAAGUAACGGUAAUGAUCAAGACUAAAAUACACGAAAUCGCGAACCGAGUUGAGUGCGAAACUAUGGCUUGAGUACAGGUCUACAUAUAACUUAUCCAUACGCGAUUAAUAUAGGCUCGUUCACUAAGUAAUUUGAUUUUUUAGUGUCCCAAGGGGCUAAGUCUGGAGUAUAUGGUGGGUGAGGUAACACAUCCCAUUUAAGCUCAUUUUGUCCAACUGAUCACAAUACACUUUAAAAGUGAUCGUGGUAUUGUCGAGUAAAAGCUCAAAAUUUCCACCAAAUAGACAACAAAAUUUAUCGUUGGUGUUUAUCGAUAUAUCGAUUAUUUACAAUCAAGGCUUACAACAUCAGCUGUUCAAAUAUAAACCGGUAAAGCGGUAAAGCUCAGCUGUUGUCACCAAGCAAAAUUACUAAGUGAAGGACCCAGUAUUCGAACACUACUCGCGUGUUAAGCAUUAAAUUUUUAAAUAUUUUUUCGCAAGCUAGAACUUUAUGCAAAAUCGUUCUGUCGCUGCAAACAAGCGCUAGCAAUUUUCUUUUCCAAAAAAUGCGCUUUCUCGCAGGUUCCGUUAAUUUUUUUACAUAAAACUUUCACUUGCAGUCAGCCUUAGUGUGUAUUAAUUAAUAUUAGUUUUAAAUAAACAUACAUACUUAUGUAUAUGCCUAUAUGCUUUACAUACAUACACAUAUGUAUGUGUGUACAUUUUGGGUAGUCGAAAAAGACUUUUCGUAUUUCAUUCCAAAACUAUGUAGUAUGACACAAUGUGUUUGGUAGCACUAGAGAUAUACGACUCCAACGACAUCUAUUGACAAAAUACGAAAAGACUUUUUCGACUACCCAAUAUAUGUACAUAUAUUGUAUUUAUGUAAUUAUAUAUAUACUUUGCCAAAUACAACAAAAUUUUAAAGAAUUAAGUAGUUACUUUAUAAACAGCGCUUCUUCUGCUUAGUCAAAUUGUUAAAUGAACAACAAUUACAUAUACAUAUGUAUAUAUACUUAUAUACACAUACAUACCAACAUAUACUACUUAUUAAGUAUUAAUUGCGUUUCUUUUACUCCAAACUAUAUAGUACAUAUACAAACAAACAAACAAACGUGUAACACAAAUAUACAUAGCUAAUUAAAACGAUAAAAUUAUAAACAAAUUCAAAACGUUGCAAGUUUAUAACCUCAAUUUAAUGCAAAAACAAACAUUACGAAGACCGUUUUCAAAGCAUUCCAAAUAACAGUUAGCUACAAUUGUGUUGGGACAAAUAUGAAACACAGUAUUUUCAUUGAAAAAAAUAACAAAA